UACAAAGUCAAAUUCUAAUACCUCAAAAGAAUCCCCGUCGCUUCCAAUGUUUGAAGAAAUCUUUGAAUUCGUUGAUAAAGAAACGUUCACCAAGUACUUCCGGUUAACAAUCGUGGUAUGUGCAUACCUCAUUUUCCGUAAAUACUAUUCCCAAUGGGCUGCCAAGAAACAAACAGAGAGACAAAUGGCUGACGAUGAAAAGGAAAAGGCAGAAAAGCCAGAACGUGAAAGAAAAGCAAGAGAAGAACAAGCACAGCAACUUGAAGCUGAAGCAAAACAAUUUGGUUGGGGUAAGAAAACUAGAAGAACUGUUAAGACCACCGAAGCGGCUUUGGACCAAAUUAUCCAAGAACAAAGACAAAGAAACCAAACCUCUUAUGAUGCACAAGAAGAUGCUGAUAUUGAAGAUUUGUUAGAAGAGUAGCCGUUUGUUGUAUAGAAAACUUUACCAAAUAGCAUGUAUCAUAAUUAGUAAGCUUU